UUGCUCUCUCUUCUCAGCAAGCCUCUUGAAAAUAUCCAAUGCUUUAGACAGAAGAAUGGCAGGAAAAACAAUGCUUGCCAUCAAUGGGAGGCUGGCUACUGCCAUAUCAGAUGGAGAGCUGAAUGUUGCUGAAAUCAAUGGAAGGGGAAGUGACCUGAGUUUAAACAGCAACGUGAGUCUGCCUAAUUUCCAGAGUAACACGGGCUACUCCGAGAGAUCAGUGGCCAGCUGGGCAGUCUCCUUCGAACGGCUUCUACAAGACCCAGUUGGUGUGAAGUACUUCACAGAAUUUUUAAAGAAAGAAUUCAGCGCAGAAAACAUAUUGUUUUGGCAAGCCUGCGAACAUUUCCAGCAGAUCCCAGCAGAAAACUCCAAACAGCUCUCACAGAGUGCUAGCGAGAUCUACAGCACGUACCUAUCCAGCAGCUCUGCCAGUCCCAUCAACAUUGACAGUCAGGCUCAACUGGAGGAAGAUAUCCUCAAUGACCCCAGGUCCGAUAUGUUCAAAGCACAACAGCUCCAGAUCUUUAACCUGAUGAAGUUUGACAGCUACACCCGUUUUGUGAAGUCUCCACUUUACCAGCAAUGCGUGCUGGCAGAAGUAGAGGGUCGCUCUCUCCUUGGCGGUAGCUCCCUGAGAGGAAGCACAUCCUUUGAUUCCAAACAUGACCAGGAAAGCUCCAAGAAGAAACUGAAGCCGGGAAAGUCUUUCAGCAGCCUUCGACAGGAGAGCUACAUAAGAACCGGAGCAAACCUGCAAAAUAAGCCGUGGACGAGCACAAGCAAAUUAAGCCGGAGAAAAGAGAAAGGAGACUCCUUGGGAGUGGAUUUUUCAGAGAACAAUGGUCUCUCCCUAUCUCGUCGUGAAUCUCAGGGAUCUGUGUAUUCCACAGCCAGCAUGGAAUUGGGCUACCUCAGCUUGACGAGUUCCAGAACUGAGAGUGAGAAGGCGACUGCGGAAUCUGAAACAGAGCAGAAGGUGAAAUACUGCUGUGUCUACCUGCCUGACAAAACUGCCUCCUUAGAAAUAGUUCGGCCUGGGUUGACCAUCCGAGACUUAUUGUCUGGGAUAUGUGAAAGGCAUGGAAUUCCUUUGGCUGCCACAAGCAUUUAUCUUGCUGGAAGUGAGAAGAAACCUCUCGUACUGGAUCAAGAUAGUAUGAUCUUGUGUGACAAGGAAGUUCGUGUUGAGAAGAAAGUAUUAUUUGAAUUGGAACUUGUUCCAGUAAAUCAAAAACUUUGGGUGACGGCAAAACCUACCAAAACAGUGUCCGAGGCUUUACAACCAUUCCUGAUGAAGUAUAACUUAAACGCCAAGGAGCUGGAGGCAAGAAUUAGCGGAGAGCCCCAACCUCUGAAAAUGUACGACACUGUGUCCUGCCUGGAUAGUCAGCGAUUGAUCCUUGACAGGAUUAAGGGCACAGCAGAAGCAAGAAUGCAUUUAAAACAAUCAUCUACAUACCUUAAGCAGCAGGAGUCACCCGCAAAUGGAAACAAUGCUUGGGAGAGUCUCGCCACAAAUUCACAGCCCACUAGAAGAUAUAGACACAAGAUAACAAAUGAAGAAAGAAAGGAAAUGUAUCGAAAGACUUACGAUGUUGAAGCGCUGUUUGAGAUGUUGUCCAAAGCACAAAGUUGCCGUGUGGAUGAUCAGCGUGGCCUUCUGAAGAAGGAGGACUUGGUGCUUCCAGACUUUCUGCAGCUUCCCAAAGAGAUAGCAGGAAUCUGCCUUCGUCCGCCUGAAUCAGAAGAUGGAAGAGAAAUGGGCACUGGAGAUCGAACCCAUCCUGAGAAAGGUGCAUCCAAGGGUGACCAGACCCCAGGCGUUCCGGGUGAGGAACCCACACCGAGAACAUCCACUUCACAGGACUCACAGCCGGGAGUUGCAACGGGCACCUGGACAGAUUUGUAAUGAGAGAAUUGGCUCAUCUGUGUCUGGCUGAACACGGUACAAACAAGGUCCUCUCCCAUCAGCUGCCUUGUCUCUGUCGGUCAUUGGGGCAAUGGCUAUCAGAUUGAUGAGGUGAGGGAUGUCAACCAACUAUUACCCUGAGGCCCAAUGAGCCCACACUGCCGAAGUCUUCAGCACCUUGCCAAAUGGAACUGCAUCAAUUCCCAUUCAGCCGGUGAACCUCUCUCUUGCUUCACAGUUCAAUGAUUCGAUGAACUCCACGCUUUACCUCAACCAAGCUGUGAAAGAAUCAUGGUGAAUCUGGAAUCAAUUCAUCCCUAGCAGAGUGGGCCAGCACCAAUGAAGGAUGCUUUGUUUCAUGACUAUUUCUGCUUAUACAUCCAGCUGAUGCUGCUGAGACAUUGGGUCUGAAUAAGUUAAACGGAGAGAACCAGUAUGAGUUAUGCUCCCAUACUGCUCAUUCCAAGAGGAUUGCUCACUUGUUGGGGAUGGGCAGCUUUUCUUACCAGGUACCCGGGUCAAAGAGGCAGAUGCCUGACUGAUAAUUCUAACCAUUUUAUGAAUCAUUCUGAAGUGAGGUGACUUCAGCCAAUUCAAAGGACAUGUAUUUAUCGAGUCUCCAAUUUGUUUACACAUAUCAGUUGUCAUUGUUGAGUCUUUGCGUAUUUUUGGUUCACAAACUGGAUAAAGAAAGAGAGUCUCAGGGAAUUGCACAUCUUGCCCACUGCCAGGACCAAGGUUAUGGUACUUGAUGAAAUCAUGUUAUCUGUGGUGUGGUGUGUGUGAGAGAGAGUGUGUGAAAUAUCAAAAUCUUCAGAUUGUCCUUUGUUUAAUCCAGAGACGUGGAUAUGACUGCCAAAGCCAGCAUUCAGUAGCAAUCAUUAAUAUUCCCUCAAAUGGAUAAGGUAAAAAGUGUUCAAAUGCUGUAAUAGAACUGGGUGACUUACUGCCCUUCCUCAAUGAACAGUUAAGUCAUCCAAGUUAGUGUAGGGACUGGAGUCACGACCCAGCAAACGACCACAGGUUUCCAUCCCAGAUAAGGCAGCUGUUUUUAGCAAGAGACUGGCUGCUUUGAGGUCACUUCACCGGUAGCAGCUGUUUAUUUGCAAAUUUGAUUCUGUUUUUAUUCUGCAUCCCUGUCAGAAACAUAUUCCAAGGAUGAUUAUUGUGGUCGGAUUGCACUGGCCCACAUGAUGGUGAUGCAAGAGGAGGAGGAGUGACAACAGGCAGCCAACUUUUUGUUAAACCCUAAUGAUGUGACCUGUGGAUUUGUGUCAGCCCCACACCUAGCAUUGUCACCGCUGCACUAUAUUUAUUUAUUUGAUCAUGAUCAGGUUUAUUUUAAUGUCUGAGAAAGGGCUGCUUUAGUGAUGUCAUUUUCCAAGCUGUAAUUACGUGCAAUUGUAAAUAUUCUUCUAUGAUUGGAACCUUAAAUGUUAUUAAAAAAAUGGUGCGUUGUAAAAUGCUAUGAAAGCGUAAUUACCUACAUUUCAAAAGCAACAUAUAUACAUGUGACUGGCUUUUCAGACACAAGGCUUACAACUCAUUUUUACUCACAAUGAACGGAAGGGUAUCUCUCCUAUAAAUCUCCCUCUGUUAUUCACUCACUUUCUCUCUGCCACUGAUGGUUUUUGUCU